AUGGAAGAAAACAAGGCCAAGCAAGAUCCGUUUGCUGAGUAUAUGUGGAUGGAGAACAUGGACGACUUUGAUCGCCAAGUAGAGGAACAGCUUCUUGAAGAAGAGUUCAUCCGCACAUGUAUUGAACAACUACUCGAAGAAGAGGAUGAACGCGAAACGCUCACCGCCGCAGAAAUAAUGGCCCAACAACAGCUCCAGAACCUUCAGGUCAAGAAUGCAGGGCAACAGGGGACGUCUCAAGGCUCAUUUCGAAAUGGUUUUCAAAGUAACACGGCGUACUCGAAUGGGUAUACGAACGGCUUCGGCAGUUACGACCACAACGUUGUGGUAAGUUCUGGAAUAGCAUCUGUAUUUGAAUGCUUCAUUGUUGUUUUCAUCGUAAUCGGGGAUGCAUGCUUGGGGUUUGUGCAUGUUAUCGACGGGUAG